GCUCUCCUCCUCUCCUGUGGAUGGCGCCCCUCUGAGACAGGCUUGGACGAUUUUGUGCAGUUUCGUGUGCAACAAAGUACCGAGCCUGGCUGCCAGGGAGAAGAAAAAAACCGACCCCCUCAUACAGUGGUUAUUUUCCCAACGUUUUCAUACAGUUUCAGUUAUUUCAUAGCUUCCAGCUGUUUAUUUCAAGUUUGAUACAAACUGGAACUUACGUGAUCAGCUCUUCAGUCGGUGUUUGGACGCGUUGUGGGAAAACGAGGUGCUUAUUUGAAUUGAAGGCAGGCUUAGCACUGACGAGCUGGAAAAGAAAAAGGAGGACCAGGACUACGAAGCGUGUCGGUCAACCAGGGAGAGCCGGAGGACCACGGUACAGCCGCCGCCAGCGCCACGGGGAGUCGGGGCCCGAGAGGGAACCUGCUUGCCAGGCCCGCGGCUUGAUGCACCCUGCCUGCCUCGCCUUAGCCGCAGUCCGAGAUGGGGGAGACCAAAAUUAUCUACCACCUCGACGACCAGGAAACACCGUAUCUGGUGAAACUGUCGGUCCCGGCGGACAAAGUCACCCUGGCAGACUUCAAAAAUGUCCUCAAGAAGCCAAAUUACAAAUUUUUCUUCAAAUCCAUGGACGAUGACUUCGGGGUGGUAAAGGAGGAAAUAUCUGACGACAACGCCAAGCUGCCUUGUUUUAAUGGACGUGUGGUUUCAUGGCUGGUCUCUGGCGACGGAGCCCACACAGAUGCAGGAUCAGUGGCAGAUAGUUUAGAAGCGGCACCUCCUCUGGAGAGAACUGGGGGCAUCGGGGACUCAAGACCACCUUCCUAUCAUGGGAAGGCAGCGAGUGGUCGGGACAGUUUGGACAAUGACACAGAAACUGGCUCUAUGGCAUCGCAAAGGAGAGAACGGGAGAGGCCACGGCGGAAACACACUAAUGACCACGGUGGAAGACAGAACGGUUUUUCAUCCCGGCCCAUUGGACGUGGGGGCCCUGAGUAUGACAGUUGCUCGUCCUUCAUGAGCAGCGAGCUGGAGUCUACUUCCUGCUUUGAUUCAGAGGAUGAUGAUGCAACCAGCAGAUUCAGUAGCUCCACUGAGCAGAGCUCCUCUCGUCUAAUGAGACGACACCGCCGUCGCCGACGGAAGCCCAAGGCCUCCAAUAUGGACAGGUCCUCAUCAUUCAGCAGCAUCACAGACUCCACUAUGUCUCUGAACAUCAUCACUGUCACUCUUAACAUGGAGAAGUACAACUUUCUAGGCAUCAGUAUUGUGGGUCAGAGUAAUGAGAGGGGAGAUGGAGGGAUCUACAUCGGCUCCAUCAUGAAGGGAGGAGCCGUGGCUGCAGACGGACGCAUCGAGCCCGGAGACAUGCUGUUACAGGUGAACGAUAUAAACUUUGAGAACAUGAGCAAUGAUGAUGCCGUUCGAGUCCUGAGGGACAUUGUACACAAACCAGGCCCUAUUACUCUGACUGUGGCCAAGUGCUGGGACCCCAACCCUCGGAGCUGCUUUGCACUGCCCAGGAGUGAGCCAAUCCGGCCCAUCGACCCAGCUGCGUGGGUAUCUCACACGGCAGCCAUGACUGGGGUGUACCCUGCGUAUGGCAUGAGCCCUUCCAUGAGUACUGUCACAUCCACCAGCUCCUCUAUCAGCAGCUCUAUCCCUGAGACUGAACGAUUCGAUGACUUCCACCUCUCCAUCCACAGCGACAUGGCAACAGUUGCCAAGGCGAUGGCCUGCCCCGAGUCAGGUCUGGAGGUGCGAGACAGGAUGUGGCUCAAGAUAACUAUCGCUAACGCUUUUAUUGGCUCUGAUGUGGUCGACUGGCUCUUCCAUCAUGUUGAAGGGUUCUCAGAUCGCAGAGAGGCCCGCAAAUACGCUAGCAACCUUCUAAAGGCGGGCUACAUCCGACACACCGUCAACAAAAUCACCUUCUCUGAACAAUGUUACUACAUCUUUGGAGAUCUCUGUGGCAACAUGACUCACCUGUCCAUUCAUGACCAUGAUGGUUCCAGUGGGGGUGCCUCAGAUCAGGACACCCUCCCUCCUCUGCCACAUCCCGGGGCAGCUCCCUGGCCCAUGCCCCUGCCCUACCAGUUCCCCAUUCCUCACCCAUAUGACCUGCCACAACCCUUCCAUGGAGGGCCAGGAGCUGGCAGUGCAGGAAGCCAGCACAGCGGAAGCAGCGGUUCCAACUGCAGUAAGAAUGAAGGGCGGAAGUCUGGUGGAAGCGGCAGCGAAACAGAGAUCAGGAGCCACCGAGCUCCAAGCGAGCGCUCAGUGGCUCCCCCUAGUGAGCGAAGCGUACGUAGCUCCAUCAGCCACCGCAGUGCCAACUCCCACUCAAUAGCCUACGGUCCUGGCCUUGUUUACGGGCCCCCUGGUCUGCCCCCCCAGCCCCAACAUCUGUCUACAGCUGCACCUGGCGCCCCACCAGGCAGAGAGCUCGCCUCCGUGCCACCGGAGCUCACUGCCUCACGCCAGUCACUCCGCAUGGCGGUGGGCAAUGCAGGAGAAUUUUUUGUUGAUGUGAUGUAACAGGUUUUAGGCUGACAACAACGUAGCAGAAAGGGCCUUCUCGCGUCAUUUUAAGACUGAGAAGGACAGCAUGAAAAGACAAGAGGGAGGGAAGAUUGCAAAAGCUCUAACCCAAGGCCUUGAUUCAUCUACCCACAAAAGCAGAGAUGGAACAACUGUGCCGUGCAUGUAAAGAGAAAAUGUUCCUCCUCUCUUAUGCUUUUCUUCCUAGAAGUAGUGGACAUAUUUUCUUCAAUGAAGAAACCCCCUUGCUCAAGAUGGAACCAAAGCGCCUCUUUCUCCGUUUCCUCUCCUCGGUGGGGAAGAGUUUGCAUGAGGACAAAAGAGCAAGAGAGAGGGAGGGAAGUGGUGGAAACAGACAGCUGGGGAAGAUGACUCAGCGCUUUGCUACAUGGAUGUUUUUCAUUUGUUCUUCUUUUCUCUCUUCCCUCCUCUCUGCCUUCCUUAUCUGACUUUCUCUGUCCUCCCCCACCCCUGCUCACCACAGAACCAAGUGAAAGAAACCUCUUCCCUCCUUCUGUUCUUUCAAUCCCCUGACCUCUAACAAAGAAAAAAAGAAUGAAAGAAAGCCGAAAUGAACACUAACUGUUAACUUUAUUCAGACUUUUUAACUAUUUGCUUGACUUGAGAGAGAAAGAAAUGGAAAAAAAUUGUAUGUAGUGCAAGAGAAUCACAGUCCUUCUUACUGUAAGAAUGCAUUUGUUUUAUUAUAUACGUAGUUGUUCACAGCUAGUUUCAUUUAUCAAUGCUAAACAUGAGCAUCCAGCUUGAAGAGUCAUUUUUACACUACAUAACUGCAUUUUCAUCUGUUAACCAGAGCAUUUUCAGACUCUGUUGUGAUAAUGUAUAGUGGAAAAAAGUUUCUUACCAUGUCUUUCACACUACUCUUUUAUCAAGGAAAAAAAUGUCUUUUUAUUUAUAAAUAUAGUUUUAUGACUUAA